UGGGUUAGCAGCUGACAUGGAAGACAGAGAGCAGACUAUUUGCUUAUUGGCAAUGCAUACGUGAGAACAUCAUGGAUUGCUAUGGAAAGUAUGCUGCUGUCGUUUGUGUAAUAUUAUCUGUAUCUCUGAACAUGCUUCACUCAUUGCCAGAGGGAGAGUUUACCAUACAAGAUUGUACCGAAUGUAAACUAACCUUGAACACUAAGGUGACUAAAUGGUUCAAUGGCAGGCCUGUGUACCAGUGUGCAGGAUGUUGUUUCUCAAGAGCUUAUCCCACUCCCAUGAGGUCAAAAAAGUCUAUGCCCGUGCCCAAGAACAUUACAUCAGAAGCGAAAUGUUGUGUAGCAAGAGCCUUCAAAGAGGCUCCCAUUCCAAAUUAUGGAAACAUGAAGGUAGAGAAUCACACGGAUUGUCACUGCAGUACCUGCUACUAUCAUAAAUCUUAAUUCCUCUACAACUGGACAACAGAUGGCUCAGAAUGAAGUUUUAUCAUAGCCUGGAAUAAAGUUUCAUUUUCCUUAGUUUUGUAGUGAAAUUAUGUAAACUCUUAAGUUUUCUGAUAGGGAAAACCCUUCUGAUGUUAUGAAUACCCUACUGUUUUUUUCUCUCUGUGCUUUGCACUUGAAUAAGCAGAAAAAUAUAUAUUUCUUCUGGGAAUCAAAUAUAGAAUUAUGCAUGAUAAUCAAAGCCUUGUUUAUUUUGUAUGUAAGGUAUGCAUUAAUGUAUGAAUAUUGUUUGCCAAGAGAAAAGACAUCAGCAGAGUCAGUGGAUACAAUUUUUCAUCCCAAAGUUAAUUCCAAGUGAUUAACAUGUGUGGAUUCUUUUUCUCCUCUAUGUAAGACGUAAAUGACACAGUUUCAGUGGUGCUAGACAUGGAAAAUGAACUCUGAUGCAAGGAAACUAGAAUUCAAUUAAAAGGAAACUUGCUUCAAUA